GCCGUGUCUGAAGGACGGCAUGGAGGCGCUUCUUCUCGCGUAUGCAAACGCGGCCUCUGACGUGUGCAAUCACGUGGCUUUUGGCGUCGCACCCCCUGCGCUCGCGCAUUUUUUUCGGCUGUUGUCUAUAGGGUUCGGUUAGAAUCUGUACAUUCUCACGGCCGUGUGUGUGUUUCUGCACAUCACUCGGGAAAGUAACGCACUUUCGGAUCUACUGCCGGUGCCUCGCGGCUCGUCCUACUCCGUGGACAGAUUGUGUGUCCUGCGAUGAAGUCUCAUGAAGUCACCCAUUGCAGCUGACAUUAAUGGUCAGCAGAAAAAUUCUCCAGUAAGUCCUCAGACGAAGAUCCAGUCCACUUUCUCUUACAGUCCCUCAUCUUGGUUGCACCGUCACAGUUUCACAGUAGGUCAUGGCCAGUCGAAGGAAGUCUACCACCCCUUGUAUGAUUCGGCCAGAUGACAUGUUGGACCAGGACGCAGACGACGGUGUGGACAGUACAGUGGAGAACGGAUCCUCGUGUACUCCUGCUAUCGAGAGUUGGACAGACCAGAAGAAUGUAGUAAACACUAUACCAUCAGUAAUCGAUCCAGAAAAGCCAGAGGCAGAAAUUCGCCCACAGAAGAAGGUGCAGGGAGGCUAUGAGUGCAAAUAUUGUACCUUCUCCACACAGAACCUUAAUGAGUUCAAAGAACACGUGGACUCCAACCAUCCUAACGUCAUCCUCAACCCUUUGUAUCUCUGUGCCGUCUGCAACUUUAACACAAAAAAGUUUGACACCUUGACUGAACACAACGAGAAAUUCCAUCCCGGAGAGAGCAAUUUUAAGUUCAAGAGGAUAAAACUGAACAGUCAGACCAUCCUGGAGCAGACAAUUGAAGGUUCAAACUGUGCGGCCAUUUAUGAUGUCAGGAGCCCUCAGUCAGGAGAGGACCUUUCGCCUUCAAGCAAAUCCAUGGCUCUGAAGAAACCAAAAACCGAUGGAAAGCGCCCUCUGGGAGACGGUCAGAUAGACAAGCUCACCCCAGAGCUAUCCAAAAAACAGAUCACUGCUGUGAACGUGAAUGGAACAGUGAUCAUUCCAGAUGCAACACUCAAAGAGGGUCUCUCGCACAUAAUGCCGUCCCUGCAGCGUCCACCUAACUACAGUUUAGUGCCAAAAAUCGCUGUUCCUUUAAACUCAUCGAAAUACAAUGCGUCCCUAGAUGGAAACCUGACCCUAAUUACUUCCUUUAAUAAGUUUCCAUAUCCUACGCAAGCCGAACUCUCAUGGCUGACUGCAGCAUCAAAGCACCCAGAAGAGCAAAUCAAAGUGUGGUUCACGACCCAAAGGCUAAAACAAGGCAUCAGCUGGUCACCAGAGGAGGUUGAGGAAGCGCGUAAGAAAAUGUUCAACGGAACAAUUCAACCCCUUCAACAAGCGUUCACGGUCUUGCCUGCCCAGCUGACCCAAUCCGCUAAAAAUUCCCAGUCCCUUAUUCAGACCGUCCCCUGCCAAGUUCUUGGACAGUCCGGCUUGGUGUUGACACCAGUGACCAAUGGGUCCAGUGCGACCUCUGGUCCGCUUGCACUAACGGUUUCAAAUCAAGCAGCACAGGCUGUUAAGAGGUCCCUCCUGUCGCCAGUUUCUUCUCCAGAGUUGAAGAGGCCGUCAAUAAUACAAACAGUUCAGAAUACUAAUAAAUCUGCCUCUCCUACACCCAGCCUUUCCUCAGAUUGCAAAAAAACAUCAGGUCAGAUUAAAGAGCUGAUGGCGAGCUACACUCAGUGUCAGUUUCCCGAUGACGAAGAGGUGUAUCGUCUUAUUGAGACGACCGGUCUUUCCUGGGGAGAAAUUAAAAAGUGGUUUAGCGAUCAGCGUCUCGGAAACCAUAAGACUGUACUGUCUUUAAGGGCUGAACUUCCAUCGAAGGAAAACCAGCCUCAGAAAGCUGUAGCCACUAAGUUCCCCCUUCUGGAAUGGGUAAAGGGAAAAUCCUCUGAGCAAAUGAAAAUGUUAGAGGAGUGUUUCCAGAGGACAAGCUUUCCGUCACAGACUGAGAUUGAAAACCUUGCGAUUGACACUAGGAUUUCCAAAACAGAAAUCGAUGGCUGGUUUACAGAGCGUCGUGCCCUGAGAGAUAACCUCGAACAAGCCUUGCUCAACUCCAUGGGCUUUAAAAGACUGGACAGGGGAGCGCUGAAUGGCAUACAUGAGCAGGAAAGUCGGGCAAAGUCCUCACCCCUUCCUCUUCUGACUUCCGUUUGUUCUGAAAUUGACAGCAAGUCUCUCCAACUUUUAAAAGAGGUUUUCUCACAGACGCAGUGGCCGUCACCAGAGGAGUACAGUGAACUGGAGCUCCAGACUGGGCUGCCUCGCACGGAAAUCGUACGCUGGUUUAAGAAUAACCGCUCCGCUCUCAGAAAUGGGACUUUGGAAUGGAUGGAGCAGUUCGAGAACAUGAGCAACAAAAAACACAACGGGCAGAACAGCUUGCCGAGCCCCGAACCGGCCCACGGUGUACUACAGCGAAAUUUCCCGGAGACGAAGCUGCUAAAACUAGAGGACGACGACAAGCUGGCGGAGCGCUCGAAACUUGUUAGUCAGGACAUAGUCAGUUGGGUCACCAGUAAGCUGGGUCACAACAUGCAGGACAUUAGCAGAAGCAAGGACCAACAUGGACUGGUGAGUGUGGACAGUGGGGGAUGGGUUAAAGUUUCCAUGGCCGCUGAGAAUGAAAGAAAAGACUCUGAGACACGGAGAGUGGCCACCGACCUUGAGGUUCAGACCACAGAACACACGGUGUCGGGAUGAACUGAGAAAGGCCGGAGACUAGGCUGCUAUGACUAACCCUGAAGUGGGAAGGAAAAUAAUUGCGUUUGACAUACUUGGAACCAAUGAUCUCAUGCCUGGACUCUGAUCUCAUCAGAGGAAUAAAAGGACUGUGAGUGUGUGUGUGCGUGCGUGUGUAAGCGCUGACCGUGGAGUGCCAAAGUCAGACUGCUAUGCUACUAUUACUACUUAGGUGUUUAAGGCUAUCUUUUUGUUACUUUAUAGCAGAAGAGCCCAUGUAAAUAUGUUUCUGACAGAUUUGUAAAAAAAAAUUUUCUGAGGAUGAGUUUUGUUACAUUUCUAAUACUGUAGAUGUCUCUCCCCCAAGCCAUUUUUGCUUAACGCUCCUGAUGGAACGUUUGGACUUAAAGUUAAAAGGACGGUAAAACUGAUGGACCUGCUGAUGAGCUCGGUCACUAUGGCACUUAAUAUUUGAAGUGGACAAGGACAAGGCGGUGCUUUUUAGAUCUCAUUCCUCAAACCAAGUAAAAGUACAAACAUUUUUUUUCUUUUGGACCAUGGAAGCGUUGCCUGCACACGAACAGUAAUCCACUUCGAAAUCACUGCAGCAAGGCACAAAACCUGUUUAUUUGUAGUUCAUAUUUGCAAUAUUACUCGCUCUCAGAAUAAUAGCAUUUCUUUUAUUUUUUUCUUUGCAUUCAAGGCAUAGUUCCAUUCCACCGUCUCCGCUGUGGUCUGCUUUAAGAUAGCUCGGUGUAUUUCUCGCCCUCCCCUGCCACUCUUCUCCUCAUGUUCAGACAUGUAUCAGGAAUACUGUAUGGGUAUCAAGAGUCAUGCUUGCUCCUUCUUUAAAACAGUCUGCUGUAACUCAAUAAAACAAACGAUUGAAAUUAA